AUGUCGCACUUCGAUGACCCGCAUUGGAUUCCAGGAGUCUCUGGAGCCACGCACAAGAGAGGUCGUGUCAAAGCCUCACGUGGCGUAGGCCAGCGCCAGAAGAAGCAGCGGAAUGUAAAAGCCGCACGCCAGGAGGAAGACGAGGAUGUUGUGUCGGAAGAUGAAGAUGACGAGUUCCAAGGCCCCACCGUUUCUAAUUCUGGUCCUCGUCGCUCAACUCGUUCGAAGCUACAGGAAGGCGGUUAUCGUGAAGAUUCAGAGGAUGAGCAGCCUGACGUUGAAGAUGCAGAUCAUCGUGUCCUCGAGAACGAACCGUAUCAUGGCGAAGAUACAGAAUAUGCUGAUUCUGUAAAUGAACAGGAGACUCCUUCGGCUGACAAGCGUGCGACCCAAGCACAACCAGAUCAGAGCGCUGAAGUACAGCCUGACAAUGAGGCUGAUCGCCUGAUGGCCAUCGAGGCACAGCUCGGAGCUGCAGCUGAGCGACCAGCGGUCCAGAUGAUCCUGAGGGUGAUGCGCGAGCGACUGGACGAAGGCGAGCACAACGUGAUCGCCAGGAUGCGCUACCUUCUGGCUCGUGCAGCAGGACAGCCUCCCACAUUCUGA